AUGUCCACCUACUUGUAUGAACUGCCGACCACGGGGGCUGUAUUCUUCGCUGGAGUAUGUGAGGACCCAACGGUCUCCUAUACAACCGCGAUUGCCGAUGCUACAGAGACUCGCGCUAACUUGCGCGCUGCACUGAAAGAGAGCAAGCGUGCAGAUGACGGAGGAAAGGACUACCUGAAGCUUGUCAAGGUCUUAGAUGACUAUCUUCCCUAUUUGUACGCGAUUAUGACUUGCGUCCACCAUGGGGAGCUCAUGCUCAAGACCGAACCUAUCUUCAGUUGGAGGACUACCCUCUCCUCGACGCUGUUCCACAACUCUCCCCGUUUAUCUAUUCCCACCAUAGCCACUGAGUUAUGCUUUACCCAACUUACCUAUGGGUUCGCACUGUCCAACCUCGCUCGCGCUGUCAUCCAUUCCCUGGGUGCGUACGAGCGAGAUCGUGCUAUCUCGGACGCAGAGAGGAAAGCCAAGGAUGAGCGCCUUGGGUUUGCCGUCACGCUGCUAUGCAAAGCCGCAGGCCUGUUUGAGUAUAUUGGGAAGGAUUGCAUUCAUGAAUGGGAGCUCGAGCGCGAUCGUGUCGUCGCUGCUGGACUCACAUGCCCGCGCCCGCCAGAUCUCAGUCGGGAAGUCGUGAUCGCGUUGAGCAAAAUGGCCCUCGCGGAUGCACAGACACUUGCCAUUCGGAAGUUGCUCUCGAAGGCUGCGUUCGACAAUACUGUAACGCCCGGUCCUCCACUACCCAAGUCUCAUCCCUCUCCGAUUCUUAUUGCCAAGCUACAUCUGGAAUGUUCUGCCCUCUAUUCUUCUGCGCGGUCGCUCGCGAAGACACCUGGGGAUUAUCGCAACUCAGAUGAAGGUGGUGAGGAGGUUUCUCCUGAGCUGCGCAGGUACCUCUCGGAGGAGGCCGACUUCCACGCGGCACUCGCACGAAAAUGGCUCGGUGUCGAUGCUGGUGAGAGUGGAGGGACAGCGAGAGGCGGCAUCGCCGUAGGAUUUUUGACUUGGGCGAAGAAAGAUCUAGAAGAGUUGAAGAAGCAGCCAGGCGUGAUGGCGACGGACAGGGAGAAAGAGAUGCGUGAACGCCGGAGAGAGAAAGUCGUCGAAGAGCUGGAGAGCGUAAACGUCUUCCUGAAGGGAUACAAGAACAUGAACGACACAGUCUCGUUUCAACCCGUUCCACCGCAAUCUGAUCUUCAAGCAUCCAUCCCUGCUGGACGAGCAGCGGUAGCUUCAAAGAUUUACUCGAAGCCAAUCCCUGCGUUCGGUCCAGGCUCGAUUGAGGACACUCGGCGUCAAGCGGAGGCCUUGGAGCUUGCGUCCAGCAUGGGCGAUCAGAGCGAGACGGCAACGCUCGUGGGAGGGGAUGUUUCUCAUCCCCAACCGGAGGACUCACAUGUCAGUCCUCGGUCUGGAAGUUCGUACGCAGGGGCAGGGUCGUACUUUUAACGGGAUACGGUGUUUGACGAAUGCGCUGACGCGGAAGACAGUCAGGUAUUGUAAGUCUUAUCGAAUGGUGUUGUAUCGUUAGCGGAGACAGGUCUUAGUAAUUGGCACAAUGGUUGUAAAGUAUCUUGGUCAUACUUGCGUCGGUCUGUAUGAAAUUGUCGGGUGUGACGUACAACGUCGGAUCAUAAUCAUAAUAUGAUUCGCGUUCAUCGUAAA